AUGAUGAAUUUUGAACAGUUGGCCAACGAGCUGUUCCUUGAUCUCUUCGAAUAUCUGACAAGUGCUCAUCUUUUACAUGCUUUUUCCGAUCUCAAUUAUCGCUUCAAUACACUUCUGAUUAUUCAUUUUCGAAGUCAUGGUCUCGAUUUUCGAUCCGUGUCGAAAUUUCAUUUUGACGGUAUUUGUCGCAAACAUCUUCCAUCGAUGAUCGAUCGAAUAAUUGCACUUCGUCUAUCGGAUGAUCAUGAUACUCCAGAUCAAAUCGAUCUCUUCUUCUCCUAUGGUUUCACUCUACAUCAAUUUGUUCAUUUACAAUCAUUAACACUCUAUCAUCUUCAAUCGAAUCAAACAAUUCGUCGUAUAGUUGUACAAUGUCGUCGUCUUCCUCAUCUUACUCGAUUGUGUUUGAUCAAAUGUUCGUCGAAAGUUCAGGAAAGAAUUGUAUCAAAUAUUGUCAAUACAAUAUGGCGUCUAUCACAAUUGAAAUAUUGUCAUCUUGACUGGACUUUGAUACCAAUUGCUUAUUUUCCGGUUCCGAACAUUCGAUCGAAAUCGAUUGAAUAUCUAUCGAUUGAAAUUCUUCCCGUGGAUUUCAUUGAAAUAGUUCGUCUAUUUCGAUGUACACCAAAUCUUCGAUAUUUACAUUUUCGAAUCGCUCAUCCUUCGGACGAAAAUAUAUUUCAAUCAAUGAAUUCAUCUAUAUCUUCUCUGAACCUUCGUAUUAAUCAUCAUUCAUCGAAUCAAUUGUUCAAUCUUCUGCAAAAAAUGUCCCAUUUGAUUAAAUUAACGCUUCUUACCGAAUCCAUGAUAAUCGAUGGUCAUCAAUUCGAAGAACUCAUAGUCAAUUAUUUACCAAAUUUGAAAGUGUUUCGAUUUGUUAUGUACCGUGAUGUUGAUGCUUAUCAUAAUUAUGAAAGACAAAUUGAUCAAAUUCUUCACUCUUUUCGCAGUUCAUUCUGGCUUAUCGAUCGUCGAUGGUUUGUUCGAUGUCAAUUGGAAAUAUUAUGUUCACAUCCGUUAAUUGUUCUCUAUUCGCUUCCGUUUGCAUCUGAUACAUUUGCUCUUCAUUUUGGACCUCCUGAAAAUUGCAUUAAAGCGACAUGUCCUUCGGAAGAUGACUAUUGGUCUUUUGAUCGUGUAACUACAUUGAUUUAUAAUUCAGAUAUAUUGAAUGGAAUGAUUCGAUAUCCUUUUCGUUUCUCCAACAUUCAACAUCUUGAUAUAACUUUUCCAAUGUGUGAUCAAUUUUUGUUAAAUAUUCCAAGAUUAGAUCAUUUAAUAUCACUUGUUGUAUCAAAUAGAGAUGAUACUGAUAGUGAUAAUGCUUUCAAUCAAUUGCAAUAUCUGAUCGAUCGAGCACCACAUCUCUAUUCAUUAACAAUUGAAACAUGGUCAUCAUCGAUUAUCCAAGAGAUUCCAGGGAAAAUCAACAGUACAUCGAUUCGUCGACUCGAUUUACAAAGUUUUUAUUAUCCUAAAUGUGAUCGCUGCUUUAAUACUGAACAAUGUUUAAGAUUCACUCGUUCACCAUUAGCCAUACAAUGUGAAGUUCUUCUUAUUGUUAUUGAAAAUCGAACUGUUAUUCAUGAUCUUGUCCAUCGAAUGAAGAAUCUUCGAGCUUUGAAAGUCUAUUGUCCACGUGGCCGAUCCAAUGAAAGAUCACCUACUAAUCUUGAAAUAAUACAGUGGACAUUGUAUCACUAUCCUUGUACAUUUCUCGAAGAUGUAACUCGAAUUGAAAAUAAACGAGUGUGGAUUCGUUAA